GGUCAAACCGGAAAUAGGACACUAAGAAAUUUACUUUCAAAACAAAAGGAAACCACGACUUUCCCAAGCGCAUGUCACAUAUUCGAGCAGGCCUGUGUGUCGCAGUGUUAAUGUUGGAGCUAAAAUGGUGCAAGGUGAUGUUCGGUACACGAAGCUAGCCACAGAUAUUCAUGAUGAAAUAGAAAGCGAGCGAGUAAACGAGGACAGCGAUGAAGAACAAGUGACAGUCUACUUAAAGCUGCCUGCGGAUAGACUGCAGGGAAAGGCAGAAAAGAGACUCACGUGUUUCCGCUUAUCAGUGGCUCUGGUUCUGCUGGGUAUCAUCUUGGUGUUUGUGCUUCUUCAGUGGUAUAAAUGGUGGCCUGAUGCUGAAGGCUUUCACAAUGCCGGAACCAACAUCACGAAUAUUUCAAAGGAACAUGACGACCAUCAUCACCACACCACCAUGGAUGAAGAUGAUGAAGACGAAGAUGGAGAAGAUCCCCACCACCAUGAGCACACUGCACUGUACCACCAUGCAGUUGUUCUGACAGCCUCAGCUAACUGUUCCAGCAUCGGUAAGACGCUUCUCCAGGAGGGAGGAAACGUGGUGGAUGCAGCUAUCGCUUCUCUGCUCUGCUUGGGAGUCGUCCACCCACACACAGCUGGAGUAGGUGGUAUAUUCUCAGCCGUCCUGUACAACAACACAUCAGGCUCACUCAAGACCAUACGUUCCACUGCACCCCAAAUGUCAUCAACUACUUUUGGAGUUCCAUCUAUUCUGCAAGGUAUCCAAGAACUCCACUCUCAGUGGGGACGAUCUGAAUGGAGCCGACUUUUCAAAGAGGCCAUAACGUUAGCGCAGGAAGGGUUCCUCAUAGAUGAUGUCCUCGGCAGGGCAUUGGAAAGCUAUAAGGAGGAAAUACCCGUUUCCAAGCUGUGUGAUCUGUUCUGUGAUGAGAGUGGCCGCAUGAAAUCGGUGGGAGCGAUCGUCAAAAAUCAGAAUCUGUCAGAGCUUUUGCAGAGCGCUAGCCUGAAUGAGAACAAUUUCCUAGAAACGCUGGCCGUGAAAUUGUCCAAAGACCUCUCCCUGAGCGAGAGGCCAGCCUUCUUAGCCGCCAUUCAGCACAGCCAUGGAGAAAUCAAUGACUCUCUUAUCAUCGAGGGAGAGAAAUAUUCUGUCCUUUCAGCUGGUUUGCCUUUCUCAGGGCAGAUGCUAUCUAAUAUAUUAGAGCAAGUCAGGCAGCAAAGCCUCUCCUUUCGGAAUGGUGCAGAUUUUAACAGGACCUCUGCCGCCUACAGUGCUCUCUUAAACUUGAUUCAAGUUCGGAAUGAUUCAGCCUUAGCCGAGUACCCAGGCCUCAUAGACACAUUUUCUCUUAAUACUCAAAACAGUCACAUUGCUGUGCUGGAUAAAUAUGGUAAUUUUGUCAUUAUGUCAGCCUCACUCAACAGUACGUGGGGAUCCGGGCGAUUUUUGCCGUCCAGUGGUAUUCUCCUUAACAGCUUCAGCGCAAACAUCUCAAACUUCCCUUACUUCAACAUUCCACUGGUUCUGAGACUCAAUGAAAACGAUGCUUCUCAUGAUGAUACAGAAGACAACGAAGAAGAAAAUGAAGUAGAAGUUGUCGCCGUUACUGGAGGGCUUUCAGCUUUAUUUAAUGCUGCUGUUCUUUUGCACAACAGGAUUGACUUAGGAAUGUCUUCUAAAGAGACGAUUAGUAGCCCUCUCCUCCAUCUAGAGCCGGGAAUGUCUUCGACUUAUUGUCUGUCUGCCACCUUAAAUGACACAGACUUCUAUAAGCUGUUCUCUGACGUAGGACGUGAGCUCCAGGAGGUGGACGAGUGCUCGGAUCAUUCUCUAUCCAUGCUACUGCGGUUACACGCAGACCACGUUAGCGCAUAUGGAGCCCCCGCUGCUAAUGCUCAUAUUAAUGGCUACUGACAGUUUAUAUGUCUUUGCAGUCCAUUUUUUAUGGUGCAGGUGCACUUUAGAACUUUCCUUGACGAGAGAAAAUGACUUGAGUCUAAUCAGUCAGUCAUUUUAGUCCAUCAGUUCGCCAGUCAUGGUGUUCUCAAAGUUCAUCAGAGGAGAAAUAUUUUUUACGGGAGUUUUUUUGCAUUAAGUGCCAAAGGUGAAUAAGAGAACAUUGAAUUUUGUGUAUCAUGCAGUCAUACUAAUGGCUACUGAAGGAAGCUCCUUUUAUUUGAAUUUGCACUGUACAAUUUUGCUGUCUCAGACAAAAAUCACACAUCAUAAAAUAAUUAUUUGGUUGUGGGUUAAGAUUGGCGAUUUUAGAAAGCAUAAUAUCACGUGUUCACCUAUAGCAGAUUUAAUGCCAUUGCAAGCAAAGACAGUCAACUACAAAAUUCUGGUAGUGUCAUUAUUUGAUUAAAAUCUCAGAGUGUGACUACUGCUACAGCGCUCAUCUAAAAGCCACAAAUAGGAAGAUGGCAUAGGAUUAUGCAAAACUCUUUGUAUGGCUACAAAUACAGUAAUGGCGCCGUAUAUAACAUAAGCGAAAUAUGCUAAUGGACAUCUCAAGCUCACGUUGAAGAAUGUUUCCGUUUAUGUGACCCCAUUUUCUGCACUGAUUGAUUAUGUAAGCACAAAGUAGUCAUCUCAGGUCUAUAUUUAGAGAAUCUUCAUCCUGUAAACUGAAAUGGAGAACACAUUAUCUCACAGUCUGUUAUAGAAUUCGGUAUUAUUUUGUACAGAAAGUAAAAAUCUUAAAAGACUGCUGAAAUUGCACAGUGUGUGAAACAGACUUUACUCACUUUAGCCAUCCAACAUUGUGAUGUAGAUGCAUUUAAUAAUACUUCAUUCUUCCACAACAAAGAAAUGCAGAUAUCUGGACUAAUCAGAGAAAUGGAUUGUUCAUCAAUUUAAUCUGUGUAUAUUUCAGUGAUCUGUUACCAAAGGUUAUUGGAGGACACAUUUUUACACAUGUGGUUUGUAUUAGGUUUAAAUAGUGUUUGUUCAUUUUGAAUUAAUUAAUUUUGCUCCCAUUAUGCUUGAUGGCAACUACAAUUACAAUUACAAUUAAUAGUACAUAGUACAACAUUGUAGUCCUUGUAAAUAUGAUAGUGAUGGAUUUAAUAAUGCAUUUUAAUGACGCAGAGCUCCAAAGUAGUGCAACAGUGUUUACCUUAUCAUAUUUUGAAUCCUGGAAUAGCAUAGAUAUCUAUCCCUCAUGCCCAGUAGUGCAUAACUGGCCCCGCUCUUUAGGUGGGAAAAUGGUAUUUCUCCCCCAUGUGGUGAAAUCAUCAGCAUCUGUUAAGCAAAGCAAGAUAUCUAUGAAUUCAUGCAUACAGAAGAGGGCAGUUAGUGCUUCCAUCCGAGCAUGACCAGCAGUUCAAAAAGACGUGAUGGCUUGACAUAUCUUGGAUUAAGCACAUACAAGCCAGACUAAAUGUGUUCAAGAAGCAGCUGGUUUCACAGAAAGAAGCCAUUUGAAUGACAAACGACCACAGAUAUGCCCUAUAUCCCGUUGAGGAUAUUUCAUUUACUUGACUCUAACUUCUUUAAACAAACUGUUUAAUAACCCUUCAAGAUGUUAUGACAUGAUUAGUUUGUGUCCUGUGUCUAUAUCAUGCACUGAAAUGCUCGUUGUGUCAUAUUAAAAUCCAAAUCUAAAACUGAAUCUAAGUUUAUUCUCCCAUUAAUUGUUGCACAGAAGUACAGAGAAUACAAAGAAUAUCAUGCAAUCCAAUUGUGUCGAGCUAAGUGUACAAGACGUAUUAGAGCAGGGGUGUCAAACAUAUGGCCUGAGGGCCAGAUCCAACCCAGUUAAGGUUCUGAUCAGGCCCACCAAAAGACUUUAAAAUCCGUCUUCUAAAUUAAAAUUGUCUUAUGGACCAUAAUUGAAUUGAAAGAUUGGAAAAAAGAGCCACUUGAGGGAAAAAAGAGAGCAAUAAACUCAGGUCAUUAACUCAGCUACUGACACCAUGUGGUAAUGAUAUGUAAUUCUUUAUUAACAAGCUAAAAUGGAUGUUGUAUCCAGCUCUUUCUAAAAGAACGACUUUAGGGGAGAAUAGUUAUGCAAGUACAACUUUUACGUUUUUUUGUUUUUUUUAAUUCCGAUUAAGUCCAAUUCAUUUCUAGGAGUGAAAAAGUUCAGUGACUUUAUGAACUUGAAUUUCCAGACCAUGAUUCUUUUAUGUAUAAUGAAUUGCAGUCUGUUCAUUGUUUUGUGGUUAAUCCAUGCAUUCAGAGUCUACCUUUCAGAUAAAUGCUGAUACAUUAACACACUUAAGAGGAGUUGUUGAUGUGUGUAUCGGGCCGAUUUGACAUUAGAGUGCACUUUACCUAAAAUGAGUUUGACACCCAUGUAUUAGAGACUCCAUGGUCAGAGUAUCUGAGGCUAGGAUUAGCCUUUGCUCUACACGGUUUGGUAGCUGUUGUGUGAUAGCAGAGAACUAGCUACUGGGUAGAAUUUGGCUAUGACUAAAUUGUUAGAGAUAUGGGAUUUAAAAAAGUGUUCAUCCACCCCAACUGAGAGCUGAUGUUAUCUUCAUUUGGAUAACCUAAAUAUAUGCUCAUUUCAGCAAUUUGUAACAACGCCUCACUUGUGUUAUUACCAAAGGUCACCGUAGGACAGAUAUUUCUGCAGGUGAGUUUUGUAUUAAGUGUAGAUUAUAAACGUGAAAGCUAUUAGUUUUGCUCCUCAUGCGCUCUCUGCUAUGCAAAUCCGGUCUAUCUGCAGAUAGACAACAUUAUCUUCCUACCUCCGGAGAGCUGCAGGCUUGUUACAUUAAUUUAGAUGAAUGCGUGCUAAGGCGUGUAUAUUGAUGCCUUGCUUCACACAUCUCUUAUCAGAGUGCUGCCUUAGGGGUUAUCUGCGUUCCCCAUCCCCCUUUGAUAAAUCUUGAUUUUUCACGCUGCAGGUGAGCGGGUCCUCUCUGAUGGAAAAAAUUGCUUCCAUUAUUGCUGUGGAAGCAGAAACUUUUUCUUUCCUCUGAUUGUAAAAGAUGUGGUCUGUCUUUGUUGGCUUCUACUGUCGGCUUUGAUUUUCAUCCCUCUGACCACUUUCAUCCUUCUGACACUGUAAUGUGUCGUUCCUCUCCUCUUUUGCACAAAAGCAGUGGGACAGAAUACACCAGGGCUCAGGAUGUUUGGCUUCGGGAUGCACCAUGCGUGCUUGAAGUCCUAGUUUUAGGGUGUAACUCCUGUCAGCUGGUUCAACUAAGAAAAGUUCGGAGUAGUAAAACGUAAUAAAGCACUCACAUGUGUACAGGUUUCAUGAUCAUACAACUGUACUUAUGAUAAUCUGAUUAGAGCAAUGCUGAAGUAUCUUUGUAGGCUUGUUAUAACACAUUUGAUUGUACUUUAACAACCAUAUUAUGAACAACCUCAUUACGUGUUUUUUCCUGCAUGAUUAACUUCUAUAAAAUUAACAUUGUAAAUUAUUUUCACUUUUUAUGAUGAUCUAUAUGAGUUAUUUUCCUAUUCUCUUUUUCUUCCUCUGUGUCUGUGAGCUGUAGGUUAGCCUGGGUUGUUCAUCUCAGUGAAUUGCUCUUCUGAUCUCCCAUGGUGCGGUAAUAUUCAUUCUGAGAGGCAGUGAGUCCGUGAAUAUUAAGAUCAUGUUUGAAUUAAAAUGUUGCCUUCAUCUCCGUCUCUGUGGAAGGUCGGCUGCCGCCGGCUCGCUCUCCCACUAAGGUGCUGUCACGCAGGUCAUGAAUGCUACAUAAUGAAUAUACGAUAAUAAUAAAACAACAUAUGAUUUUUAAGCCUCAGUCAAGUAUUUGAGAGCAACAGUGUACAAGGGCCAGACCUGGAUUAUCUAAAACAUUAAAGGAAGUUAGAGCAAGAAAUAUCAGUGACAUAAAGCACCAGUUUUUUUAAAGCCCUAAACAAUAGGUGUUAAGUGCAAAUAUUAAUAAAAUAUUAAUGAAAGUCUUGUUUUUUUUUUGCAUGUUAAAAAACCUUGCAUGACAAAUCAUGACCUAAGCAUUGCAAGGUUCUAUCUGCCAUUUAUGUUUAAUCCUAUAUGAGAGCAGAAUUUCAGCUUUUAUUGCUUUUAUUCAGA